CCCCCCUUGUGUCCUGGAUUGUGGACUACCUGACUGGCAGACCACAGCACGUGCGCCUGCAGCACUGUGUGUCGGACAGCAUGGUCAGCAACACUGGGGCACAGAGAUAAAUAAUGAGAGGUUUUAACUCUACUUAUGAAACACCUAAAAGACCAGAAGGGCAUCGAUUCUUGGUCUACAAUGCAAAUGGUAUGCAUAUGGGUUAGAUGUGCACCAUAGGCUACUAAUGCUUUAAGGAAGGAUGAAUACCACCUGGCAGGAAAGAUGAUUGCUGUGUCAGCUGUGCAUGGAGAUCCAGGACUCCAUUUCCUGUCAAAAGAUCUUGUACAUUGUCUUGCAGGCCAGCCUUCAUUCAAAGCACCAAUUCAUUUAAUAACUGAUGAAGCGAUAGGGAAAGCUUUUCAAGAGAUUGAGAAUGCUGCUUCAUUGGAUGCUCUGCACGAAUGUAUGAUGAGACAGCACAAUGUUACAGACAGCAGGGUGUCUGAGACAUGUGGCUACUGUGGAAGAAAAGAGAGAGAGUGUUUCAGACUACCUCCAGUGGUAUGUUAUUGACCGCAACUCAUCUGUAAUUGACAGAUUCAGGGAGGGUCUUUGAACCCUGGAGGUUUUGACUGCACUACAGCAGCACCCUACUUUGCUGGCCCCUGCCCUGAGCCCCUCUGAAAAGCAACUCGCUGCUUUUGACCUUGAGAUACUCUUCAGACCUGGCCUCGGUCCUUCGGGGAGGAAUCGAAGACUUAAAGAAAGUCAAGCCGUGGGCUACUGGGCCGACUGUCUCCUUGACUGUGAAGGUUGUCGCCUGUUAUUGGACCUGCGGGGUGAAACCGCCGGCUGGCGGCCUGCAGCAGGAGACGCCCCCCAUCCUCCGCGGGGACGCCAAACUGCAGACUGUUAAAGCGGGAAACCGGCUCUCUGAUCCACGAAGACGCGGCGAGUGCACCUGCGUGACCUGGUCCGGCUCUCGGAGCCCGGGAGCUGGUUAAGACCUGGAUCUGGCCGUGGCCUCGUAAUAAUCCUCUAAAGAGCAUUAGCGGGCUAAGUUUGGCCCUGGACCGUGACCGGCGGCUUCACCUCAGGUUCGCUCACCAUGAUGCAGAUAUCUGAAUCCUACAACCAGAAGAACUCGCUCUUCAACGCCAUGAACCGCUUCAUCGGCGCCGUCAACAACAUGGACCAGACGGUGAUGGUGCCCAGCCUGCUGCGGGGCGUCCCGCUGGGCGGACGCCGAGGACCGAAGGCGGAGAGCCCCGCUAACGGCGGCGCUUACUUCCACCAGGGCGCCGACAUGUACAGCUCGUACGUGCUGCUCAAGUCCAUCCGCAACGACAUGGAGUGGGGCGUCCUGCAGGGCGAGAAGGUGGGCGCGGCAGAGGUGGGCGAGGGCGACCUGGAGAAACAGUUUCAUUUCCACCUGAAAGGACUCCACGCGGUUCUCAAGCUGGCGUGCAAGGCCAACACGCUCACGACCCGCUACAAGGAGGAGAUCGGCUGCGGGAACUGACCGCGGACUGAUCCGGUUCCAGACGUUCUGCACGGCCUCGGUUUCCUAAACGUUUCGGCUCAUUAACUGCAGCUCCGCUUUCAUUUCUGCUUCCUGUCUGUGGGAAACUGUCACAAUAUAAACAGGCUGUAACAACAGAAGCCAGAGGCGGUAAACGUCCAAACAGUGAGCGUUUACAACCUUUUUAGCUCGUGUGUCGAAUGUCCACCUGCGACCCCGUUUAACCAGAAACCAACUUUUUAAGGGAAAAAGACCCGAAGAAAUAAAAUCAUCCAGUAAUUCACAAGAAAUAACGCAAAGAUUUGGAGAAAUCUGUGCAGAAUAUAAUCAUCUGAGCUGCUGGGGUUUAAUACAAUCUAAAAUUGGCCAAAUUGUGAAUGAAGGCUGGGACUGGACGGUCAAAACACACGAUUAUGAAUGUGACCAGACAUUUGAUGCCAACAGCUUUUAAGAAUAGGAAGCGAAACAGCAUGGAGGCCUGACACCCGGGCAGCGACUUCUCUUCACUUCUACUGGAAAGUGAAACCUGAAACUUGUUUGAGAGUCGGCUGCCCGGCCUCGUAAGUAUUGAGUCUGUAAAAAACACAAACCCAGUAAAACAGAAGGGUCAGGAGAGUCAGGGUAUCUCCACCUGGAAAGACUUUGGAGUUAAUGAGCUGAAACACCAGUGUGGUUCAUUAAAACACAUCGGCUUCAUCGCACAGGGAUGAUACACUGUGGGUGUCUGUCUGUCCGUCGGCCUGUCCUCUCCUGACGUUUCACGCUGUAAAUUCAAAACUAUGCAAACGCUGAGAGGGAGCCUCGCUGCUCGGCUUUAAGCGGCAGCUUUAAUGUCUGGAUGUGAUGAUUCUGCCGACCUGCUUCAAGGCUUUUAUUUAACUUUCUGAACAAUACGAUCCUGGUGAGCGCUCCCAGCUGCCUUUAGGCCAGUGAGCUCAUUUCUUUCCAGAUGUUUUUCUGUCUUUAUG